CGGGGAACAAGAUGAGAACGCCUUUCUAACCUACGCAAUUUCAAUCCUUUCCUUCGCUGCUAAUUUACGCCUCAGGUUCCGAGUCUUCAAGUUUCAUCUUCAACCCAAUGAUUAACCCAUUGCACCGCCUAUCUCUUGUUGGUGUCAUCUAAUCCAUCUUCUUCCUGCAUCUUCUGCAAAUGCUCUCAGUUGAUUGAAUCAUCAAUCAUGAUGGGAAAUUUGAAGCUGCAGUUCUUGUUUCUUCAGCUUGCGUUUGCUUUGUGCAUAUUUAUUAGCUCUCUGAGCUUUGGGGAUGCAGGGAUCACCAGUACAUUUAUUCGAUCAGAGUGGCCAUCCAUUGAUAUACCUCUUGAUCAUGAAGUAUUUGCUGUUCCACAAGGUUACAAUGCCCCCCAACAGGUGCACAUUACCCAGGGUGACUAUGAAGGCAAGGCUGUUAUUAUCUCAUGGGUAACACCUGAUGAGCUAGAGCCCAAUAGUGUACAAUAUGGUACAUCAGAAGGAGGUUAUGAGUUCACUGCAGAGGGAGCAGUGACAAACUACACUUUUUAUAAAUACAAGUCUGGUUACAUUCAUCACUGUCUUAUUGCUGACCUCAAGUAUGAUACCAAGUAUUAUUACAAGAUUGGUAGUGGCGAUUCUGCUCGAGAAUUCUGGUUCCACUCACCCCCAAAGGUUGAUCCAGAUGCUUCUUACAAAUUUGGGAUAAUUGGUGAUUUGGGCCAGACGUUCAAUUCUCUUUCUACUCUUAAGCAUUAUAUGAAGAGUGGAGCACAGACAGUAUUGUUUCUUGGAGAUAUCUCUUAUGCUGAUAGGUAUCUAUAUAAUGAUGUUGGUCUAAGAUGGGACACGUGGGGUCGAUUUGCAGAGCAAAGUACAGCAUAUCAACCUUGGAUUUGGUCGGCAGGAAAUCAUGAAAUAGAGUACAUGCCUUACAUGGGUGAAGUUGAACCUUUCAAGUCAUAUAUGCAUCGGUAUUUGACACCGUACUUAGCAUCCAAAAGCAGCAGUCCUCUUUGGUAUGCAAUCAGAAGGGCAUCUGCUCAUAUUAUAGUUUUAUCUGCCUACUCUCCAUUUGUGAAGUACACACCUCAAUGGCAUUGGAUUCAUGAAGAGUUCGAAAGGGUUGAUCGGGAGAAGACGCCAUGGUUGAUUGUUCUUAUGCAUGUUCCAAUCUACAAUAGUAAUGAAGCACAUUUUGAGGAGGGUGAUAGUAUGCGAUCAGUAUUUGAAAGUUUGUUCGUAAAAUACAGAGUUGACGUUGUCUUUGCCGGCCAUGUCCAUGCUUAUGAACGAUCAUAUCGAAUUUCAAGUGUACACAACAAUGUAAGUGCCGAUCAUCACAUUGUACCAGACAAAUCAGCUCCUGUAUACAUUACCGUUGGAGACGGUGGGAAUCAGGAAGGUCUUGCUGGAAGGUUUAGAGAUCCACAACCAGAGUACUCGGCAUUUAGAGAACCCAGCUAUGGGCAUUCAACUUUGGAAAUAAAAAAUAGAACUCAUGCGUUGUACCAUUGGAACCGAAAUGAUGACGGGAAGAAAGUGGCAACAGAUGCAUUUGUUCUACGCAAUCAAUACUGGGCCCGUAACCGUAGAAGGAGAAAACUGAAGAAACAUAUACAGAUGGUGAUUGAUGAAGAGAUGGUCUCUUGAUGCCUUUAAGCGCCUUGAGGUACAAAAGCUCAAAACUACUUGUGUAAAGUAAACUUUUAAUAUUGCUUCUAUUUUACAGAGAUGAUGGUUAGCUCUGGCUUUUCAAAUGGGUUCAUUAAGCCUGGGAAUAUAUAAUUUGUUUGGUUUGGAUGGAUCUCAAACUUACCUGUUACUAUUAUGAUUAUAUUUUCAUGGGUGUUCUUUUUAUUUUAUCAUCGUUGAAAA